AUGAACUGGUAUAUUCGAUUACCAACCGAACGAUAUUGUCUUAUUCCUUAUUCAAAUAUUGCUGCUGAAAUAUAUCAUAUUAUGUUUUUAUAUAUUAUUCCUGUACUGUGUAUUGGAAUAUCAUAUGGAUGGAUAACUAUAUUCAUGCGUCAAAAAAGUCAAACAUCAUUGGUUGUAGCUGCAGUUAACCGGCGACAUCGAAAUGAAAGAGAUUUAGUAAUUAUUAAACGUAUUAUAUUGUUAAUAUUCAUAUUAGUUUUAUUACGUUUUCCAACAAUCGGUUUAAUGAUAUAUGGAGUUAUGGCUCAAGAGUUAUAUCCAUUAACAUAUGGAAUAAUUGGCAUUUUUACAGCAGUGUGUUUAGGAUCGAUUGGAAUUUCAACUAUAUAUGUAACACCACAAUUACGAAAACAAUUUCACAAUACUUUUAUUCAUCUAAAUAAUCGCGUACACAUUGACCAGACGCCAAUGAAUCAAACAGGUCCUACAACAGCAACAAUUGAGACUAUUCAAGUGACUAAAAAAAGCCAACAGAGAGAUGCUACAUCAGUACUACAAAACAAUUAA